UUCUUAUCAUCACAUUUCACCUUGCCGCCAGGAAACACUCGACACAGAGCUUCUGAUUCGAAAAUGACAACAACAAUUUCAAACCUAACAAACACUCUUCCAUUCCACAUCCGAAAAUUCAAAUUCCCUUCACCAUCUUCAUCUUCAUCAUCUUCACCGUAUCGUUUUCCUCUCUCUACUCUCUCAUGCUCCCUCCCUGAAUCACAACCAGAACCAACCACCACAACCUCAAUUCCCAAAACUCCAAACCCUAACACCUCCACUUCCUAUUUCCCUAAACGCGGCCAAACCCUUGAACUACUCUGCGAAUCCCUCGCUUUCAAAGGCAAAGGUCUUUGCAAAGUUACUGAUACCGGUUUUGUAGUCAUGUGUGACCGUGCUCUUCCCGGUGAACGCUUCAUUGGGAGGAUUACUCGUAAAAAGGGGAAUUACGCUGAAGCUACCAAGGUUGAGACUUUAACUCCUCCUUUUCAUGUUGUUGAUGCGCCUUGUGUUUAUGUUCCGCAUUGUGGUGGUUGUAAGACACAGAAUUUGGCUUAUCUUGCUCAGGUUAAUGCCAAAGAAGAACAGGUCCGUGACUUAGUCAUACAUGUUGGAAGGUUUUCUCAAAAAGAAUUGGAAUUGCAUGGUAUUAUGAAACCUAUUGUUCCUUGUGAUAUCCAGUUUCAUUAUAGAAACAAGAUGGAAUUCUCAUUUGGUCCUUAUAAAUGGUUGCCUAAAGAGUCGCUGCACGAAAGAAAUGUUGAUGCUGGGAGUGAAAAUUAUUCACUUGGAUUGCAUGUUCCUGGUUUUUUUGAUAAAAUUAUAAAUGUUGAAAAGUGCUUACUGCAAACUGAUCCUGCUAAUAAGGUUCUUGCGGCUAUCCAAGAAUGCUGGAGAGAUCCACAACUUGGUUUCUCGCCCUACAAUGUUCAUUCACACAAAGGAUUUCUUAAGCAUUUGAUGCUCAGAAGUGGAAGGGAUGUAAUGACUGGUCUGCCUGAAGUAAUGGUCAACUUUGUGACCUCUUCCUACAAGCCCGAUUUGCUGAAGGUCCUAGUAGAUAAAGUUUCUGCAUUUCCUGAAGUGGUAAGCAUCAUGAAUAAUGUAAAUACUUCUGUUGGCAACACAUCUGUCGGGGAGGAGGAAUACACUUUGCAUGGGAAAUCUAGCAUUACAGAGACCUUAAGAGGGCUUACGUUCCAAAUAUCAGCAAACUCUUUCUUUCAAACAAAUACUCAUCAGGCAGAAGUUUUGUAUAAACUCAUAGAAGAAUGUGCUGGCAUCAGAGGAGAUGGCUCAGAAGUUGUCCUUGACCUGUUUUGUGGAACAGGCACCAUAGGUCUGACACUUGCAAGAAGUGUAAAGCAUGUUUAUGGCUAUGAAGUUGUUCCUCAAGCCAUCGCAGAUGCCCGACUUAAUGCCAAGAUAAAUGGCAUACAAAAUGCAACAUUUAUUGAGGGGGAUCUCAAUAAAAUUGAUGCGAAUUUCGGGAAGAAUUUUCCUAAACCUGACAUUGUUAUUUCAGAUCCCAACCGCCCAGGAAUGCACAUGAAGCUGAUCAAGUUCCUGUUAAAUCUUAGGGCGCCUCGCAUAGUGUAUGUGUCAUGCAAUCCUGCUACAUGUGCACGUGACCUUGAUUAUCUCUGUCAUGGUGUGGCAGAGCUGAAUAUAGAAGGAUGUUAUAAGCUAAUAAGCCUACAGCCAGUUGACAUGUUCCCACACACACCUCAUAUCGAGUGUGUUUGCCUUUUGGAGCUUUGUUGAUCUGUGAUCAUUUAAACCUUCACAUUUCAAGGAGAUAACAAGCUUGGUACUAGAUAUAGGUCAAAAUUGGGUCUUCAAGUUGCUAAAUGGGAAAGCACAUGCUUUCACGCUGCAAGAGCUCCCAAGGGUUUGGAUUAGUUCUUAACUUCCAAAUGCGGAUUACUAUUCACUUCAUGUGACUUGUCCAUCAUGAAGUAGAUCAUAUCCUACUCUUGUCAGAUUCUUGCUUAAUCGAAUAAGGUUGAGGUGCAAGUGCAUGAAACUUCAGAUGUUUGGCCAUAUGAGUGAACAUUAUUCAUUGUGAAUAUAUUCAGUAUGAAAUAUCAAAUUCUGUUCUUUGUGCCUCUUUUUUUAAAUGUUUUCAAGAUUAAGUGCUGCUGUCAUGCCGGGGUUAGAAAAUAAACAAUAUUGACUGGGGUAAGCUUUCAAUUCAUUUUGAAUGUUGUAUUGAUGUGUUAUUCAGGGCCAAUUUUCACUGAUAAUGAGAUCAAAGGGGUACUAGCUCAAACCAGAAGCAGACACGAAUCUUACUGACAGAUCCCUUAACUUGUAUGCUAAACAAGACAUGUAUGAUUCACAUUUCUCAAUUUAAUAUAGAAUUUUGCAUGUUUUUUUCCUCC